AUGUCAUCUCACGCUGGACACGAAACUACUAAGGCAACAGACGAAGCACCUAAACCGACUCCACAAAUACUAUGCGGUGGAAUUGCUUCAGUUCGUCCUGUCAAUGAAGAUGAUUUGAAAGUUUGGGAUUUGUAUAAAGAUCAUUCGGAGAAAAAACUUCAAGAGCAAUUUCAUGUGCCUAAAACGUACCAAUUGAAACCUACUCAAGUUUCAACCCAAGUAGUCGCUGGGCAAAACUAUUUUUUCAAAGUUCAACUUCCAGAUAAGAAAUAUGCCACUGUUCGCGUUUAUCACGUUCCCUGGCAAAAAGAUACACAUGGUAAAGCAGAACAAGUCGCUAUCAGCGAAAAACUACUCGAUUGUCCAGCUGAAAAACUUGAUCAUUUUUAA